CAUUUACGCAGAACAUUGCCUAAACACGCACCUAAACUUACUGUCAUAAAGAAAGUGAAAGGCAUAGUCAGCUAAUAAUAUGAUUAAAAAUGAGAUCAGUUAGUACAACCCAAUUAAAUGUUUAUUGUGGUCCUGCUAAGUACGAAUAUGCCUAUUCAGUGGAGGACCCCCACACUGGCGACCACAAGUCCCACCACGAGACCCGCGAUGGUGACGUCGUGAAGGGCGAGUACUCCCUGCUGCAGCCCGAUGGCUCCAUCCGCAAGGUCACCUACACCGCCGACCACCACAAUGGAUUUAACGCCAUCGUGCACAACUCAGCGCCAACGGUGCACGAGCACGCGCCCGCCCACCACGAUGGACUCACCCUCAACGCGUACCACCAUUGAAUACCCUCCACCUUAACGCACUAUUAACAUAUUUAAUAAAUAUUGUUAUUAUUUAUACACA